AUGAACUUUGUAUCUGCUUUGGAGAUUCUUCGUGUUGCCAGUGCUGAAGAACUUCAAUGUCACUUCGCCCAGACUAUCCUUACACUACGGGAAGUGGGUCAACGUUUGCAAGUGCGUAUUCUGCCUACGGUUGCUAGCAGGCAAAGCGACAUUGAGGGUGGUGAUCCCAAUCCCGCGAGCUGCACCACGAAGCAGACAAGGGCAAAGACGAUACCAUUGUCGGCGGAGGAAAAAUUACUGCGAUCCCUUUCUACUGCGGUUUUUCGUCUCUGGACGAUACGAAAUGAGAAUAUAUCAGAUAUUAUUGGGCGCAAGCGGCUCCUUGCGCGAGACCGACGGAUUGACGACAUCACACGAGUGGAAGGAGAUCCCAGUGCGCCCACCGGGGAUACGUUACUUCGGACCUGCGCUUGGAUAUCGUAUGCUUCAGAGUUUACGAAGCAUCAAGAAUGCAAUGGCGAUCGUGUCCGGGUAGAUCACCUCGUUCGGCUUCUUCUAGGGAACCAAGUAGAUUCACGAUCUUUCCGCGAAGGACAGGGAGGAACGAUUUCCAAAUACGUACGGGGGAGCGAUCAAUUCAUUGGGCGAGAACAGUUUUUCAGUCUGGCGAUAGGGAAUGGGAUCAAACUCUUUACAGUCAAGAAAUUACUCGAAGAGAAGCUCCAACAUCGAGAGCUUGAAGUGAACUGCCAUGCAAUUCUUUUGGCUCUAGGGCUAGUGUACUCUCAAGUCAAAUCGACAACAUACAAAAAUCUUGGACAGUUUGUGGAUCUUCUACUCUCGGAGGAAGCGCUUGUGUCACUUCCAGGGGAGGAAUCAUGUGCAAGAUCUUGCGCAGAUUUGGAUGAGGAGUCCGAUAUCAGUCAUUCAAGGAAACGGCAUAUUCUUGACAUAUUACGAGAGUUAUCCACAUGGUCCAAGGCAUUCCAGACCCAAUAUGAUAUGCGACAUCAGACUACCAGCCUGCCGCUAAAAGAGCAUGCCAGAACUCCCAGCUUCCAGAAUGUUUCCCUAGCUCUCCUGGACAUCAAUCCCGUCUCGGGACUUCUUCACCAGGCAUAUCGGAGUUAG